CACUCUCAGGAUGGAAAUGGGAAACACGAGCCGAGAAUGAUUUGCAGGAAGUGGGGGAAAAUGGGAGGCACGGGCAGCCAAUGAUUCUCUAACUAUUGAAGUGACACUUUUCUAAUGCGUUUGCGUGCCAACUUUUCACUUAAUCCAUUCCUCUUUAGACUGUUUUAUUCAAAUCCUCAGUAUAACAUCUGGGUUAUCUCAAGUUAUCCUUUUUCUUUUGAGAGGAUCCUAGGUUGGUUAAAAUUGGUAUAAAAGCUAAUGAACCAGCCUUGUGGCUGUGGAGCACUUUACCAAUAUGGCUAUUGAAUUCCAUGAGCCCACAUGCCAAACGCUCUACCUAACAGGAGCCCUCAAGACAGCACAUUUCUCCAAAAACAAGUCAUACUCCCAAGAAUGAUGAGGCCAGAGAAAAUGCCCACUUUCAGAUGCUUCAGGUUGCACCAAGACCCAACCUCUGCUCCCUCCUGAUGAUGUAUAUACAGUCUCGAAUCAAGAGAAGUCAGUAAUUACUACUGAUCCAAACAUUCCCUAUUUUUUUUCUUCUUAUUUUUUAAGUCCAAAAAGAAAUGAUUGAGAUGAGGCAGAGCUCCCUCAUCUAAGCUGCAAGAUGCCUUACCUAAAACAACUUCUGUCUGCUGCUCAACCUCAUUCUAGUGUUAUUAAAAUGUCCUCAAACUUAAAACCUGGGAACAGGUCAAAUGGGGCAGCGCUGAUUGAGAAAACUUAGAUUCCCUCCUCCUUAAAAAUUUAUCAUGCUUAACCUAACUGUGGACUGCCUGAUUAGAAUAUUGAUUCCCCACAUAUCAACUUAUAUUAUAAUAUACAUUGCAUACAUAUAUAUUAUAUAAGAGAAAAGCUUUAAGCUACAGCUCACUCAGUGCAGUAAAAAGUACUUAUGAGAGGAAGGUGUGGUAGAGCUGCCAGAAUUCAAGUGAAAUACCAACAAGGAGCAUCAUAUCAAAAGAUAAAUACUGGUUUACCCCAGGAGGAAAGGGUCACAGUUUACAAUGGGAGAAUCAGAGUCAGAAGAAUAGUACUGACAACUUGACCACGGAAAAUAGUCUGCAAAUCAGACAGUUAGAAAUUCCCCACCUAUUAAGCUGUCCAGAUCAGUAUGUUGGUGGGGCAUGCUUAUGGUAACCUUACUUCCAUUCUCUGUAGUAUAUGUGAUAUAUAGGUGUUGAAAACUCUCUCUCUCUCUAGUUUUCAGUUUUCUCUUAAAUUCUUCUGCACUUGGUCUCAACCUUUACUGCUCUUCUACUGAAAUGAAUCUGUAUAGAGAAGAUAAUCCAUGCUGCUGCUAUUUCCAUCCUAAAGAGGUGAUUGUGGGGGUGUGUCCCCUGUGUCUGAAUGAGAGGCUCCUCAUAUUGGCAGCAAAACAAGGGCACCAUUCCCUUGCCAAAGGCCACCAUAGAACUCACAGCCUCAUGCACAAGAAACCCCCCAUCAACCUUCCCAAGAUCUUCGCCUUGGGCUCCUUUCUCACCCGCCUUGAGUUUCGCCACUGGAAGUCUGAUCACUCUGAUCAUGAUGCCUCCACCAGUCAAGAAGAUUCCUUCAUAUCAAUCAAGUUUGAAGACAAUGGCGUUGCCUCAUGGGAAAAGACCACAGCCACAAAGGUCCCUCUUCAGCAUUGCACCAAUAUGCCAUUGAGCAAAGAGGUCAAGGGGACUAAGAGUGUAGUAGAACAUGCAAAACCACGUGCAACGCUGAGGUGGAGAAAGCGGAUUGGGCACCUAUUCCAGCUGAUCAGAUGGAAGAGGUCUAGCAAGGCAAACGUGUGCCACGUGGGCAGCAAGGUGGAGGGAGUCAAGGUGAUGAGGAAGGGCUGGAUAAGGACUCUGACAAAGAGGAAGACCAAAGAAUAAAGGGUUGCACAGAAAGAGACACUAAGCUUUUCCUCCACCACCCCCCUCCCCCCCCACCCCCCCAAAAAAAAAAAAAAAAUUGUGUGUUGAAGCUCAAUAAUGGUGGGCUCAAUGUGAAUCUCUAAAGCUAUAUGUUAUUGAGAUGGAAGAGUCAAAAUAGCUUUGUCAUUUUUAAAAAUGUGCUUUCCUUUGAAUUCUUGGCUUCUUUGUAUUUUUUUGAAUAGCUAGCAAUUGCUGUAAAAGAAAAGCUAGUCCAAAGUGUUGUCA